GAAAAGGAUUCGAUUGCUUCAAUUGAUGAUAUAGGAGAUACCACAAGCGAGGAAUCUGAAGAUUUUUCUUUAGUAGAAUUUAACAGCUAUGAGAUUAAAAGUAAAAUCUCAAAUCUCGUAACGAUAUAUCCACGCAUGCCAACAAUUGUGAGAAUAAUCUGCGAUAACAUACAAAAUGAAAAAUUAAGUCCACAAGAUCUACUUACCAAUGGCAUUGUUAACCAUACUUUUUUACAAAAGUACCAUAAACGAUUGUUUGAUCUCAUUGUAGAGCAAGACUGUUUGGAGGAAUUAUUAUGGAGUAAAGCUGAACGAAAUCAAUAUAAAACGAAUUUGACGAUUGAGGAAGAAAAUUUUAUAUGCAAUCAUAUUAAACAUGGAUACUGUACCGCACCUAACAGUCGAGAGGACGCCAAAAAAUUUUAUAGUUGCUUAGAAAUGUUUUUGAACCAACUGGAAUGUGCUUGGGAACUACCUUUGUAUAUACAAAAAUCUUCUAAAAUUAACGAAAGUUCAUAUUCGCAUCAAGUGGUUAAGUCUGUUUGUGAUUUAUUAUUGUAUAACAUUAAAAGGGUCAAUAUCGAAUAUAAUGGACCAUCUAAAUCCACCCAAAAUCGGAACGGAGGACAGUCCGGACCAACACGUCUUCCCGACUUAAUGGUAUCUAAGAGUUUUAGAUCACCUAAUUAUAAAUGGGAAUUCAUGUUUUGUGAAAUAAGCAAUGGACCGUAUGCACUUGAUUGGGACCAUUAUUGGGGAGAUGAAUUACGACUUGGAAAAUUUUCGAAAGACUCAUGGAAUAAUGUAUAUCUCUUAACUCAGGGAAUCGAUGCCUCGGAUCAAUUAUUAAAGGAGAUGAUGGAUGAAUUGAACCAUGUGAUGAUACAUUUUUAUGGAACAAAAAUGGAUAUAUAUAUCUUAGAUCGUAAAAUGAAACCGUUUAAUCGAAUGUGCCUGGUAAAGUCAUUAGAGAUACCACUCAUAAACAGCAACGAACGAAGGACAAUACAAAUGGUAAAUAAAUUGUGUAAAGGAAUAUUAAUGGCAAACAAAUUAAUAGCUAAUGUUGUUAGGAGAAUUCAUUCGAUUAAUCAAUUGUUACUCGAAAAAGACAACCCUACCACCCCUCCAAAUCUAGUAGACUGUAAUAACUUACUUCCGACAUUUAUAACACCUGAUGGUCCAAUUUAUUAA